AAAAUUUCCAAAGUGCACCUUUCUUUGGAACAGAAUGUCCACUUCAGGUCUCUGUGCCUGGGCUGAGGAAUGCCAUGCCCUUAGCAGGAAGUGUGUGCAACUUCUCCAGGGUCUCCACCCCAGCUGUGAGUGCAGCAUGGCUCCUGCCAUCAGACUCCAGUGCUUGUUGCCAGCAGCUCAUGGACAGUGCCUACCCUUACCUACUAGCUGGCACAACCAUGGUGACUGCAUUGACUGACCAGGGCCAGAUCUCUGCCUCAGCCCUCUCCUAUCCAGGUGUUCUCCAGUGGGAUCCCACAGGAAACACUGACCAGAGGGGAGCUGCACUCCGGGACUUCACUGUAACUAUCACUGACCAGAAUACCACAUUCUCCUCCUUCUCUAGGACAGCCCAGUGUGAUAAUAUUUUAGAUCAAAAUGCCUUAGUCCUUUCCUAUCCAACACUGUCUGCCAACCUUCUUCAGGCCACACCACCACAGGCACCAAAUCAAGGAUACAGCCCGGCACCUUCCUACCUGGAGGGCAGCCAGGUCUAUUACUAUGACCUCAAUAGCCUGGGCCCUCAGAUGGCUGGAGAACUCAGGCAGUGCCUGCAGGCCUGUGGCUCUGUGUCCUACUCUGAGUGUCAGGCUUCUGCCUUGCAACCAGAGAUAGUGAGGAUGCCAAAGGAGAUUCAGUCAACAGAUAUCCAAACACCCUUCUCCACCUCUGCCAUGUACUAUGCCACACCUGCUCAAGACAUGCCAGACACCAGUCUUCAAGUGGUGAAAAUGGAGACAACCCUGGGAUUGACAGCUGCAGGCCAGACACUCUGUCUGCUGCAGAGUCCAGACCUCUGCAAUGCCUGCACAAAGGAUGUCCAGAAGUCACCACCUGUCCAUGGGGACUGGUCAUUAACUGCCCCCAUAGACAGUCCUUCAGAAUUCCUGCCCUUGCCUCCUGCUCCAAUCUUGGAACAAACAGAGAAUAACGACUUGGAUUUGAUGACAGAUGAUCUAUCAACUCCUCUGGAUGCCUAUGAGGGCAUAAAAGAAAACCAAGACCCAUCACUUCUCCCUUUAGCACAUGCCAACAUGCAGCAGGCCCUGAACUACACUGAUUCAGGGAGCCUAAAACAGAAGCUUUCUCCUGACAAUGCCACCUUGGGAAGCAGCAGCCUUGGUCAGGAUGAGCCUGGGGUGCUGCAGAGUGUGAUAGACUCCAGCAUGGACUUUGCAGACAUGACUACACUGGUGGCAGAUAUUCAACUUCCCAGACUCUCCAACUCAAUCACUGAUAUGAACCCAUUCCAAGAUCCCACAGCAAGCCAAUGCAAAGAAAUCAGCAGUGAUCAGGUCCAGGAAAGCUCCAGCACCAUCAGUGAACUCAUGGACCAAGUGAGAAAGAAUGGCCAGAAAGCCUCUGAGGUGCUAGAUGGGUCUCCUCAGGCCAGAAUCCAGCUCCAGGACCUGGAGGAAGAAGAGGCUGUGGGCAGUGCUGGGUCCAGUGAAGGGGCUAUUGACAACAUGCCUAAGAACUUGGAGGACAAAGCCCAGAAAGCCACACCCAGCAUGCCCAGCAGAGCAAGGGCUCAGAGCAAGACCAAGAGAUCCAGAGAAAACAACUGCAAGAAAACAGAGGAGCUCAAGCAGUCAAGGAACAGAGUCAAGGCAGACGAAAACACCACCAUGCCAAAGAACCAGAGGAAGAGGAAUCCACCUGAGCUCAGCCACAACAGCUUUAAAAAGCCUCGAACUCACCUUGGCAUGCACAUGCUAGAAUCCAUGCAAUUCUUUCACCCACUGGGGAAGAAGAAUAAGAAGAAUACUGGCAUCUUUUCCACCCGGGCUCGGCUCAACUUCAGCAGCAACAAAGAUCCCAGUACAGGCCCAGCCACCAAAUCACUUCUGGAUGUGCCAUGUGAUGGCCAAGACCAUGGUAAAACCCCGAGCAAUGCUCAGAGACCAGAGAGCAAUGCUCACAGGGAGUGUCGUCCAUCUCCAUCCCAGUAUGAGCUGCCCCCACCUGGCAAGGUCAAGUUAGUACCUCUGCCUUUUCCAGCCCUGGACAAGCCUCAAGCCAGACUGGUUUCUAAGAAGCUUCUCUCGCUGGCUUCACAUGGGGCCCUUGCAGUGUACCCUGUGAGACCUCAUUCUGACUCAGCUCAGUCUACCACACCCAAG